UAUAAUGUCAACAUUUUCUCCAUUUGAAUCCUUAGUUCUCCGUAGAAUGUCGAAUUAUCGAGACGUGUAAAAGACUCUCCUUUUUUCGCGCGGAGUAAAAGAAGGAAGAAAAAAAAAGUUUUUCUUUAGAAUUGUGAAAAACUUGAAUUUUCCAUGAAGGAAAAAAAUAUCAAAGUUAAAAAAAAUGUUUUGUAAAUAAAAAAUGAGGAAAUUGUGAAUCAAAAAAAAAAUAUAAUUGCCAUAAAAAGUUAAUGAAUAAGUAAUGAAAAAAAGAAAAUAAAAAAGUUGUCAAUUUGUUUAAACGUUAAAAAGAAGAACAAAAAAAAUAAUUUUUUUAAGGGAUUCAAAUUACAUUUCUACUAUGAAAAAAAUAAUUUUUGUCACUGACUUUAUAUGAGAAAAAAAAGCAGCAACAAGAAGAACAAGAAAAAAAUAUGUAUCAGCAAGAAGAGGAGAAUUGGAUGGGAGAUGGAGUGAAAUGACAAAGUUAAUUUGAUCGUGUAAAUAUAAAAGCAGAUGCACUUUGAUAUAAAUUGAAAAAUCCAAUUUCGUUUCAUGUCAUAUACAAACAUAUACACAGUAAAAUUGUGUGCUGUAUAAAGCGAGGAUUUUUUUUACAGUUUGUUUGUGAAGAAAUUUACAAAAAAAAAAAUAAAAAAAAUACGAGUAAAAAAUAAAUAAAAAUAAAAAAUGUGUACGUUUAUAGACUGUAAUAAGAAGGAAGACGAAAGCGCUGAAUGCUCAAGCAUAUACAGACAUUCGAAUGCUUUGACAUUCAAAUAUAUGUGAAAAUAAUAAUAGAGUUCUAUAAAAUUAAAAUAAAUGAAUAUUUUCUCAUCAAUAAUUGUAUUGGAUUAAUGUAUCGAGGAACUACAAAGAACGACUCAUACUGUCAACGAUGGAUGGAGAAAAUCGAAUUAUCCUUAAUGUGGGUGGUAUAAGGUACGAGACGUACAAAGCGACAUUAAAAAAGAUUCCUGCCACGAGAUUAUCACGACUGACUGAAGCCUUAGCAAAUUACGAUCCGAUUCUAAACGAAUACUUCUUUGAUCGUCACCCAGGCGUAUUUGGGCAAAUACUCAAUUAUUAUAGAACUGGAAAGCUCCAUUACCCGACCGAUGUAUGUGGACCUUUAUUCGAAGAAGAAUUAGAAUUUUGGGGCUUAGAUUCGAAUCAAGUUGAGCCAUGCUGUUGGAGUACAUAUAGCAUACAUCGUGACACACAAAGCACUUUGGCAAUAUUGGAUAAGUUAGAGCUUGAUGAUGAAGAGUUGUCGGAGGAAGCACUCGCACGAAUGUUCGGAUACGACAAUGAGGCAUUACGGAGUAGCGAUGAUUUAUCCUGUUGGCAGAAAACAAAACCAAAAAUUUAUGCUCUAUUUGAUGAACCAUCCUCCUCGACCGGCGCAAAGAUAGUUGCCGGUAUAAGUGUAUUUUUUAUCUGCACUUCUGUGAUAUCAUUUUGUUUGAAAACACUACCCGGAUUACGUGUUGAGAUACCUUUAACAAUAAAUCAUACAUCCAGUCCUUCAAAUGACAGCUUUCAAACAUCAACUAUGCCAUCAACAACAGAAGCCGGCUUAUUUAUAUCAAAUCGGCAUAGUUUAUUCAAUCGUUAUGCGAAUCGUGCACGAAUGUUCGAUAACAUGCAGGCAACGUAUGCCCAUUCAGCAUUUUUCUAUGUAGAACUGUUGUGUAAUGUGUGGUUUAUAAUCGAAUUGUUCAUUCGCUUCAUUGUUGCUCCAAAUAUGCUUAAUUUUAUGAAAUCGCCAGUGAAUAUAAUAGAUUUAGCUGCAACACUAAGCUUUUAUACGGACAUUUGUCAGCAAUUUGGACGACAAACUGGAUUAUUUGAAGCAUUUUCAAUAAUCAGAAUAUUGAGAUUAUUUAAACUUACGCGUCAUUCUCCAGGCCUUAGGAUAUUAAUACACACAUUUAAAGCAUCGGCGAAGGAAUUGACUCUACUCGUCUUCUUCCUCGUACUUGGUAUUGUCGUCUUUGCAAGUUUGGCGUAUUACGCAGAAAAGCUCGAGGAUAAUCCCGACAACCAAUUUAAAAGCAUUCCACUCGGCUUAUGGUGGGCUCUAGUAACAAUGACAACUGUCGGAUAUGGAGACAUGGCACCAAAGACAUUCUAUGGAAUGUUUGUUGGUGCAUUAUGUGCUAUUGCUGGUGUACUGACUAUUGCAUUGCCUGUACCCGUCAUCGUUAGUAAUUUCUCUCGUUUCUAUUCACAUAGUCAAGCUCGUUCUAAAUUGCCAAAGAAACGACGACGUGUUUUGCCUGUAGAGCAGCCAAGACGUAAGCGAGGAAAUGAGGGAGGACCAAAUCGUCGUAUGAACAUACAUCAUCAUCACCACCAUAUGAAGCCUCAUCCUACAAAUGCUCUCCUCAAAGAUGCAUUCGGAACAGCUAAAAUAGGUCAUGUGAAUGGUGUUAACGUCAUCGGGUUAUCAAUGCAACAAUCAGUACAGCCAGUACCAGCACCGUCGUUAAAGCCUCCGUUACUACAUCAGUCCUCAACAGACUUUUCUGUACAUCAAUUACAGCCAAGACGACCAACAACAGGAAAUGUUGACUUUUUACUGCCUCUCCAACCUGAAUUACUUUUGGAACGUAAGGAGUCAUGUAGCACACCUUCAACAUUGAUGGCUCAAUUUAAUUUAGAACCUAAAGUGACAUUCAUUGCUGAAAGCUCAACGUCGUCCGGUAUUUACGCAAACGACACAUUAAAUACUGAUUAAUUGUGAAAAAAGAAAAUCGGAAUCAAAUUUUUGUCUUGAGAAGAAAUAUUCAAGAUUUUUGUAGUAAAAUUAAUCAAAAAUUGAAAUUAAGAAAAAUUUGUUACUUUUUCAUACACUGAUACUUUUAUAAAUAACUUUAAAGAUGAUUGUAAUUUUAAAAUUUUAAAAAUUAAGGUUUGAAGUUUAUUUAAUUUGAUGUAAAAUAUUUGAAAAUCUAAUGGACAUUGAGGAGGUCUUAACCCCAAUCCAUGCCUCUACAUUAUGUACAGAAAUUUUCUUCCGAUUCAACAGUUUCUCAACUCAUCUGAGUGACUUUUUGGAGCACAUCCAAAUCACUCCCUUGCGUGAAACUACAACAAAAUAUUAAAAUCAUCAUCAACUUAUCUCGAUAUUUCACAUCAAAUUAAAAGAACUUCUUACGCUUGAAAUAAACAUUAAGAAAUUGAGGAAAAAAAAAUUCAAUUAUAUCGCUGUCACCACAUCCGAUAUUGCAUGUUUAUAACAUUAAUCCAUUGCAAAGAAGAACAUUUUAAGUAAAUAUAUAGCGCCAUGAAAGACAUGAAAAUCAUCAUAAUGAUGAUAAUGAAAGUUCUUAUGUUUUUCAAUUUUUAUGUUCUUUUUUUUCUGUGGAGGAGUUUAAUGGAUAAUCAUUGUAGUCUUAAGAUUGGGGGUUCUUGAGUCUCGUGUGGAUUGCUGUGGACUCUGCAGCUUAGUUCAAAUUAAAAUUCAUGAAGAAAGGCUUUAUUUGGCUCGGAUUGUUACAUUUUGAGCUAAAGAAGCUAGCUUUGUGGUUGUGUGCUUCAAUCGCCUAAUAUUUGAACCAGGGUUGCGUAAAACAGGCAUCUGUGUACAGGAAUGAACCGUAAAAUUCCUUGAUAAUUAGAAAAAUCUUAUAAAUUAUCAAGAAAUUGUACGGCUCUCACCUGUGCACAGGUGCCUGCAUCGCACCCUGAUUGGAACCCACUUUAAACUGCAAUUCUUGUAUUGAUUAAGAGUAUCCUCUCCCAUGUCAUCCACGAGUGAAAUAAUAUCUCAUUAAAAAUAUCAUGCAUGCCAGUUUCGAUGCUGUUAAAAAUAGCAUAUUAAUGAUAUUUAAAAUUUCUCUUUAUCCUCACCGCAAUAUAAACUAAUUCGACCGGAAAAAUAUUCAUACCCCAUUUUUUCUGGCAGAGUAAUUACAGUAGAUAUAUUUAGUCAUUUCUAUACCACAUCCCAUGAAACUAAUUUAAAGUCAUUUUUUUUAUAACGGGAAAAUGCCAGCCACCCAUUAUGUUUUCAUGCUUCAAUUCACCAAUUUCCCCUCGAUUCUCAUCCUCAUAAAAAUCCGAUCAAAAGUAGUCCAGAAUUUACAGUUUCGUAAUAUGCCUUGUUGCUGUCUCCUACACAAAAUGAUAACAACUAUGGCGAAGGUAAUGAUGGAAAUGAUGAUAAUUGAAGUGAUGAUGGGUAUGUAAAGAUGAUGAUAGGAAUGACGAUAACGAUGUCUCAUUUCUUCUCAGUGUAGUGUUUCCACAUUAUCUUUACGCUUCCUUUUUUUUGUAUUACAUAGCAUCAUUUAAAGGUGUGAAUUGAGAAUAAGAAUAUUUAAUGAAUCCUGAAAAAUGCGGAAAAAAGAGAAUUUUUAUAUUUUCACGCUUACUAUCUCGUAUAUGCUGCAAAAGAAAUUCUUUAAACUUAAUCAGAAUAUAUCGCGUAUGCUGAAAUUUUGCAGUGGGGUAGAUAGAAUGUUUUGCUGUAGUUUGUGGAUUUUACAUUGAUUUUUUUUACGUACAUGAAACUUUUUUUUGGGGGGAGAAAAAUGACAAAAGAAGAAACUUUUUCCACUUCUGUAAUUUUUUUUGUAUCUUGUUUGAAGUUCUCAUAAAAGUUUGUCGAAAAUUAACAAAAAACAAAAUUAUUUUGAUGGAAAAAGUGGCGUGGAAGAAUUUUAUGCAAACUUUUAUAGUGUUGAGAAUGUUGAAGUGUAGCCACAUUUAUGAUAAGAAGUAGGUUGGUGUGAAUUUCAAGGAUUAAAAUUUGCAAGAGAAGAUUGGAAGGUUAACUUGAGAUUUUGCAAGAUUUGUUGCGAAAAUUGACAAGAAUAUGUUUAAAAAUAUUUGAAUGGACGUAGUUUGAUUCUCACUGAAUGCAGUUUUUCAAACAAGCAUGUUUAAAAGCUUUGACAAGCUUGCAAUCAAAGAAAUUCACGACAAAACCAAAACUUUGCAUUCAGUCUCAACUCAACGUCUUUAGCUUCCCUAACCUCACUGAAUAUCCAGUAAAGCUUGAAACCAUAGAUCAGAGUGCUGAGCAGUUGCUCACUAUCCACGCCAAAAGCCACAAAAAACUUUUAAAGCAUUAAAUGUCCAUGUUCCAUUGAUCAGAACAAUUUCAAGCUAGCUACAUUCCUUCAAUCACCGAAAAAAUUCCAUCAACAUUCGUUAAGACAUAAAAGGAUAUAUUGAAAGUAAUGAUACAGUUAGAUAAAUUGAAUUGAGGUCGGUAUGAUGUUAUUUUCAUGGACAGUAUGAUUAAGACUCAUCUGUAUCAUUUCUGUUUAAUGUCGAAUGAAAGGUAUGAAAAUGAUAAAGACUGUUUUUGAUGUCCUUGAGUUUUCGUUUGUUGCCAUUUCUCGACCUUGGCAAGAAGAGUUCUCUGACAAAAAAAAAAUAUCUUCAGGUUAUUUAUGAUACGAGAUUAUUUUCGUCAUUUGUUCUCAUAUAUAGAGUCGAAUAUUUAAGGUUUAUGAGCAACAAUCCAAAAAUUACGAGAUAAAUUGGAAUCUCUAGAAAAUCUCAAUCUUUAUAUUAAUGCAAUGACUCAUUUUAUGAGCUAGUUCUUGUUCUUAUUCUUUUGCCAAAUGAAAAACUGAUUUUUAAUUACUUUCUUGAGAUUACAUAGCAAAAUUAUGGAUGUAAAUGAUAAAACGAUGUGGUUUACAGCAUCGACAAAAUUCCUAAAAUAAAUCCAAGUCAUGUGGAUAUGUUUGUAUGAAGUAUUGUAUAUUGUAGAUAGAGAAAAUGAAAAUUGGAAAUGUUUAAAAUAAAAUUUGUAGUUGAUAGGAAAGGGAAUUGGAGAGGAAAAUCAUGAUUAAAGGUAAAAUGAAGUAAUAACAACUUCCGCUGAGAAAAUAAUUGUUUAUAAAAAAUUUAAUUGAUGAUUAAACACAAGAAAAUGUACUUGUUAUUGUGGCUUGUAAAAGUGUCUGUUAAAAUUGUUUGAGUCAUGCCUGUGGCCAUGGUUUAGGUGACACAAAAUCUCCAUUUAUAUGUUCAAUUAUGUAGAACAAUUUUUUAAGGGAGAAUUAGACAUCAAAUUUACAUCUGAAAAUUUUUAUGGGUCGUCGUUGAUCCACAGAACCAACUUUUCUUCUGAAACAAAACUAAACUCAAAUGAAUCUUGUUUUUAAACACUUUUCACUUUAAUGUCUUAGUCAAGAGCAGCUCACAGAUUGUAUUACAUAAUCAUCCAUUUGAAGGAAACUCUACUUGGUUGUAUCUGCCUUGCAAAUGGAGUGAAAAUAUUUAUUUUUUUAAGAUUCUUAUCGAAUUGACUCAAUGCAAAGAUAGAUCUUACCCAAUUAUGUCGCAAAAUUGAACAAAAACUGAAACUUUUUUUUUCAAGAUUAUUCGAUUUAGGGAGCAUUAAGUUAUGAUGUCUUAGAAAUAUAAAAUUUUCUAAUGUUCCUCUUUUGGGCCGUUCACCUAUGACGUCCAGGGGGGGUCAGCAAGAAAAGAACAAUAGACAUUCCUGGAAAUCUAUUGUUUUUUUUUUGAAAAAUGACGGUUAAUUUCGGACGUCAUAAGUGAACGGACCCUUUUGACAAAAAAAUUCAUUUAAAAAAUCCAACUUGAAAAAUUUAAAAAUCAGAAAACUUACUAACCUAACCUCAAUCAUUGCCAUCGUUAGUGAAUGAUACCUAAGUUUAUUGGCAAUACUGCAGAACUUAAGAAGCAGAAAAUUAAGAUUAAUUUCAAAUUUUCUGAUUUAUCAAGUUUAAAAAUCUUUAAAUCCUGAUUUAAUGAUAUUUCCAGUCUUAGAUUUAAUUUAUAGCGAUAUAUUGAUAUAUUAUUUUAUUUUGUAUGAAUGAAGUUUAAGAAGCACUGAUAAGUCACAGAAUUCAAGAAUGAAUUGUUAACUUACUUCACGAGCUCAAAGAAGAUUCUGUUGAGCUCUGACUGCUCCUUAGUUGUUGUAAUAAAUUGGAAACACCAUUUUAAGCUUUGUAAGCCGCAAGUCGAAGCUUAUUCAAGUGAAAAACUACCAAAAGAAAAGUGAUUUAAAUUUCAUACAAGCACAUCUGCAUGACUUGAGAGUAAAAAUUGUUCAGAAGUAUCAGUUUAAUGACUAAUAUGUGGUAUUUAAAAAUUAAUGAAAAAGAAAAUCUAAUUGUAAGUAAAAGUAGAUAUGAAAAAAAAAUAAUUUAAAUUGAGAUACAAAAUGAAAAUAUUUGAGAAGUAUUAAUGAAAGAUAUAGCCAAAACUUUCAAAACAUUACGUUAUUGACAUAAAAUUGUAGGUUUUGUUAAAACCUGUUACAAAAAAAAUGAGAAUAAAGAAAUGAUAAAAAUUGAUUUUGAGAAAAGUUUUAGAGCAAUAAUUUAUUUUUAUUUACAAAAAAGACAAUUUGAAUGAGAUGUAAGAAUUUCGGACAUUAUGGAAUAUUAAGUACCAAUGAUAAUUAUUUUUUGUACAUUACACAAUUACUCUAAACCAAUAAUUUGUAAUUUUUGUAAGUUUAUCUUGUGUCAAAUGUCAUUUUCAAAGUACAAAUGUUUAAACAAGAAAUUACAAUAACAACAAAGAAUGAUAAAUUCCUUGACAAAUAUUUGUCAAUAGAUUCGUAUUGCGUCACCCAAAACUUUAUUCGUGAUGGAAACAAUCUUGAUCUUUUUAGUGCCAAGUUAUAAAAAAGUUUUAAUAUGAAAAUUGUAUUUAUAGGCGGAAAAAUUGAAUUUUUAACAGGCAGUUGAGGGGGAAAUGAACUUGAAAUUAUUAGGUUUAAUUUGAAAAAUUUAAAUUGGAUCAUAAAAAUUAUAAGUUAAGGGGUCGUUCACUUAUUUACACUCCAAAAGCGUUAUGUAAUAAGUAAACGGCCCCCAAUCAAACUGAAUUUUUUUUUGGAUUUUAUUUUAAAUUUUCCACAAAUUUAUCAACAUUUCCUCACAAUUUCAAGGAAUUUCCACCAUCAUGACAUUUAAAGCAAGUCAAAAUUAAUCGAAAAGAUGAUGUAAAUUUCUUUAAUGAGCUUUAAACUUUUAUUAUGUUUAAUCAUUUUUAUUUGAUCUCAUUAUAAAAACAUGACAAAGUCAAAAGAAAAUUUAAAUAAAAUAAAAGAAAAUUGUUGCAUGGAUAAAAAAGAAUAAAAGAAGAAAAAUAAUUUUUGUGACCCAUUCAAUAACAAUAUUUUUUUAUUUCCCAAACGUGUUUGAAUGUUGUCUUUUGGA